AGAAAAACCUAAUCGACCGACAUUCUCACAAGUCACAACGGUCGACUGAUCGGAGCAAUUCGCGUGUUGAGCAAACCGACUACGUUCAACCUUCCUCUUCACGCCUUCAUCGCUCUGCUUUACUAAAGAAUGGAAGAUUCAGAGUUUGCCUUUGAACCUCCAAGCGAUGAAGAAAUUGACUAUGAAGACGUUAGCAAUGGCGGAGAAGACGAAGAAGAAAACAGUGAUGUAGAAGAAAAAGGAUUAAGUAAAACGAAGACACAGUCUCCGUGGGACUUUUCUUCUUACACUGAAUCAGUUGCAGAAGAACACGCUCGCAGAAGCACUACUUCCAUAGAUGAUAAAAUCUCAAAGCUCAUUCAACAACGUAAUGCAGAAAUAAUACCAGAAAAAGACGAGGUUGAUGACGAUGUUUCUUCUGAUUCUGAGCCAGACCGCCAAGAAGAUUUAAAACCCGAAGAAGAAGACGAUGAGGUUCUUACCGCCGUAUCUAGUGGAGAUAAUAGAUCAUUCUUUACAAAAGCAGAUGGUGUUUCCUUUCAUGCAGAUUCCUUCUCUAAUCUCCACCUUUCUAGGCCAUUGCUUCGAGCUUGUGAAGCCUUGGGUUACACGCAACCAACACCUAUUCAGGCAGCAUGUAUACCAUUGGCGCUUACUGGACGUGACAUAUGUGGUAGUGCAAUUACUGGCUCUGGGAAGACAGCUGCCUUUGCUUUGCCAACACUAGAGAGAUUGUUGUUUCGUCCCAAACGUAGACCUGCAAUAAGGGUCCUCAUUCUUACCCCUACAAGAGAGUUGGCAGUUCAGAUCCAUAGCAUGAUCGGAAAACUUGCGCAGUUUGUUACAGACAUCCGAUGUUGCCUUGUUCUUGGCGGGCUUUCAGUGAAGGAUCAAGAAGCAGCAUUGAGAUCCAUGCCAGAUAUAGUGGUGGCCACCCCUGGACGUAUAAUAGAUCAUCUAAGCAAUUCUAUGUCGAUAGAUUUGGACGAUCUUUCAGUUCUAAUCCUUGAUGAAGCAGACCGUCUUCUUGAACUUGGGUUUGAAGCUGAGAUUCGUGAAUUGGUUAGACUUUGCCCCAAACGAAGACAGACGAUGCUGUUUUCAGCUACUAUGACUGAGCAAGUUGACGAACUUAUUAAAUUAUUACUGAACAAACCCUUGCGUCUCUCUGCCGACCCAACCACAAAGCGACCACCAAAGUUAACAGAGGAGGUCGUUAGAAUACGAGGGAAGCUUGAAGGAAACCAAGAGGCUGUUCUUCUUGCAUUGUGUUCUAAGACAUUUACAUCCAAAGCGAUCAUAUUCAGCGGAACAAAACAAGCAGCACAUAGGUUGAAGAUUUUAUUUGGUUUAGCUGGCUUUAAAGCUGCCGAGCUUCAUGGAAAUCUCACACAGGCACAACGUUUAGAUGCGUUGGAACUUUUCAGAAGGCAGGAAGUUGAUUUUCUGAUAGCUACUAACGUUGCUGCUCGUGGGCUUGAUAUUAUUGGAGUCCAAACGGUUAUCAACUAUGAGUGCCCACGUGAUCUUACUAGCUAUGUUCAUCGAGUCGGUCGGACUGCUAGAGCUGGUAGAGAAGGCUACGCUGUUACGUUUGUCACCGACAAUGACAGAUCUCUCUUAAAAGCUAUUGCAAAAAGAGCUGGUUCAAAGUUCAAGCGUCGUACUGUCGCUGACCCAGCAAUAACUAAAUGGAGCCGAGUAAUUGAGCAAAUGGAGGAUCAAGUAGCAUCAAUUCUUAGAGAGGAGAGGGAAGAAAUGGCCUUAAGAAAAGCUGAAAUGGAGGCAGACAAGGCAGAGAAUAUGAUUAGACACAGAGAUGAAAUAUUUUCUCGUCCCAAAAGGACUUGGUUUGUUACAGAGAAGGAGAAAAAACUCGUUGCUAAUGCUGGAAAGGAGGCCGAUAAAGGUUCUAAAAAGAAAGUGAUGAGUGCUGAAGAAGCUGAAGAGCGUAGGAAGAAAGAAAAGAAAAAGAGAGAGCAUGAGAAAAAUCUUCCAAGAAAGAAAAGAAGGAAACUUGAAGCAUCUAGAGAGAUGCUGGAAGAUGAAGCAGAAAAUGAGGGCAACAAUAGAAGCAAGAAAGACAAACCUGGGAUUUCUCUAGUUGAUUUGGCAUAUAGGCGUGCGAAAGGAGCAAAGGGUGCUAAAAAAGCAGCUGAUGCGGGCAAGGCUGUGAGGACCAAUAAGAAAGGAGCAAAGAAGUCUUCUUCUCGUGUAAGUAAUUCAAGACCAGAAGAAAUGAAGGAACUUUUUCAAAGUGAUAUGAGUGAAAAGAAGCAAAAAAGAAGCUUGGGUGGCAAGAAAGCCUCAUCGUUUAAGAGCAAGUCAAGGUACAAGCGGAGGUAGUAGUGUUAAUCAAGAUGAGAAGAAACUCAUUCUCGUCUGGGUCAGUACAAAUUUCUAACGUACAAGCGGAAGCAGUAUUGUUAAUCGAUAUUAGAAGGAACUCAUUCGGGGUCUUACAAAUUUUUAAUAUAUUUUGACUGUGUUUCUACCCACAGGUUUGAUUGAAAAAUGAUUUAAUGUUUAUAUUUUGCUAAUGAGGAUUGUAGAAUUUUACAAUUUAA